AUGGACGUUGUUCUCGAGGUCGUCGACACCUUCGUCGGCGACAAAUUCUACGCUACUCUCCUACCUUCACACGCUGCUCCGUAUGACUUUCCUCACUACACCGUAAACGCUACAGCCCUACCAUUUUCGGCAUGGAAGUACAAACCCUCGACGUAUAUGCUCUACUUAGAGCCCUCCGAAGCGGCAUACAUGAGCGCCUGGCCUCGGGACAACAUAUUUCGCCAGUUCACUUCCCUUUUCCUCAUCACCUGGAUCUUUGGGCUUCUCAACUACUUCGUCUUCGCGACCCUCUCGUACAUGUUCAUCUUUGACAAGAAGACCUUCAACCACCCCAAGUUCCUCAAAAACCAGAUCCGUCUCGAGAUGAAGCAGGCCAACAAAGCCAUGCCCGUCAUGGCCAUCUGCACCGCCCUCACCUUCGUCGCCGAGGUCCGCGGCUUCUGUAAGCUUUACGAUGCCACAGAGGACGGCCCGGGACGCUGGUAUGACUGGGCACAAUUCCCACUCUUCAUCCUCUUCACCGACCUUUGCAUCUACUGGCUUCACCGCUGGCUGCACCUCCCACUCGUCUACAAGCACCUUCACAAACCGCACCACAAGUGGAUUAUGCCCUCUCCAUACGCCAGCCACGCCUUCCAUCCGCUCGACGGCUUCGUCCAGUCCGCCCCCUACCACAUCUACCCCAUGUUGUUCCCCCUCAACAAGCUGGCCUACGUGGUUCUAUUUAUUUUCAUCAACUUCUGGACCAUCCUCAUCCACGACGGCGAGUACAUCACCGACAACCCCAUCAUCAACGGCUCCGCGUGCCAUACGGCCCACCACCUAUACUUCAACUACAACUACGGCCAGUUCACAACGCUUUGGGACCGCCUUGGGGGCAGCUACCGCAAGCCCGACCUCGCCUGGUUCAACAAGAAGACCAAGAUGUCUCGUGAGACGUGGGAGUCCAACAUGAAGGAGAUGGAGGAUAUCCAGAGGGAGGUCGAGGGCACAGACGACCGCCAGUACGUCGUCGGCGAGACCAAGAAGAAGAACUGA